GUGACUAUUUUCGAAUCAGCAGAUCCUUGCCCGGAACAAGAUGAGAGAAAUGUCCUCAACUCCCUCUCCUGUAGAUUCAACCUCGACCUCGGCCACAUCGACAGGUCCGGUUCCAGGAUUGCUAUGGGUGACCACGAGCAUCCUGAGAAAGGACCUGCCCUCCUCGCUGCUUGACGCGUGGUACGAGGAGCACAUAGUCGACGUCCUGGCUUGUCCCGGGAACGGUGGCCUUUUUCUUCGAUACAAAAACAUUGAUCAGACCGCCGACCCAUACGUUGACCCCAAAUUCGCAGAGCGCGCCACGCCAUCGGCAUCGGAGAAGUGCAUUGUCGAGACACUAUGGCCCAACCUCGCCUUGGUAAAGUUGAGCGAUCUAGCUUGGCUGACCAGCAAGCAAUUCGAUGACAUGCCCAGACAUUCCAAGUUGUUGCCUCCCGAGCCAGACGGCUCGAUUGGCAGUGCAUUCAGCUGCUGGAAUGGAGCACUGCGGAGUUACGAAACGGUGGGCAAGACUGAUGACCACACCGGAGGCACCAGUCGACCGAAGUACCUGCUCAGUGUCCAGACGAGGACUGCAGACGAAUCCAUUUGGAAGGCUCUGGAUGACAAGUACGCGACGCUCCCAGGUUUCCGAGGCUCGAUCAGAUACCGCGUCGUGGAGGGGCUGUUGGAGUUCGGGGAACCAGGCGCAUUGCCAGCUGGGAUAGUCCUGUAUGAGUUUGACGGGGAAGCACCGCCAUCAGUGCUCGCGGAUGACCAUCAUCUCAGGGCGGACGUAUGGGAAUUGACCAAAGAGGCGGGGGAUCUGUCGCUUCGCCUGUGACAAAGCUCGAGUCAGCCAAUUCGGUGAUGAUCUCGCUCUACAAUGAGGGAACGAGAGAUAGGUUUGGACUCGGGUGACCGAUGGAUAGCACAUCUUACCUGCUUAGGCCUCCCUCUGGGCAAAGGGAGGCAGGUUUAGGGGGACGCGAUCAACAACCGAAGUUGAGUUUGGUAAGGUUGAUGGAGGUUGUGGUCUCACUGCGCAGCCUGCGGUGGGGCAACUAGACAGCCAACUGCAACUACCACAUGUACAUACGGCGCAGGCACAGAAUGCCUGCCACCUUCUUGUACCUUGUACACAAUCUCAUCUUCUCUCCGCUCUGUUG